UCGCUCCCAACAGGCUCUCUUCAAUCUGCUGAAACUCUUUUUCUGUUUGCAGUGACUGCUGAGACUGAGAAGGUUCCUAAUAAUCUUAAACACAGUUUAGUGUGUUGCAGGCAUUACAUUUACAACUAGUUUAAAAGAGUGCUAAUAGACCGCUACAAGACUACAGGCUUUAUCAGUGGGAAAACAAUUUAUUAGAGGCACACCUCUGAAAGAUAAGGAGUAAUUGCUGCUUAUGGUUUACUGAGCAUGUUGGAUGUCUAAUAUGGCUUUAGCCAACAAGAUGAUCUGGAUUCUUCAGUUACUGCUUUGUGCAGUCCCUCUCAGUAUGGCCUCCCAGAUCAAUGCCACUGUGGGCCAGUCAGUGCUGCUGCCCUGCUUCAUCCCCCCUCCACCCCCACAUCUGGGGGUCACCCGGGUCUACUGGCAAACAGUUGAGGACAGUAGGGACAGUGAGGACAACACUUUGGUGGUCCACUUCAUCAACAUGGGUGUGGAGGAGCUUCAAGACCAGGCUCUUCAGUAUCAGAACCGGACCGCUAUGGACCUCAGUCAGGUGGCUGCCGGAAACCUGAGCCUGGAGCUGAGGUACGUGACCGAGGCGGACAACCAGACAACCAUCUGCUGCCUUCACUCCAUAACAAAGCUGAGUCCGAAUGAAGUCAGCCGCAUCACCCUGAUGGUGCUGCCGAAGCCUGAUGCUGCUCCAGACCCUCAGUCCUUCCCAGGCUGGGCUACAGGGUUGCUGAUAGGGGCUCUUCUCCUGGUUCUUGCCUGUGGAGUAAUCUUCUACAAAGUUCAUCAAAGACGGACUGGACAACGGGACAGUACAGAUGCUGGAGCCAAUCAAGAUGAAGAGGCAGGGGAACUUCAGAAUUUGACAGCGAACUGCACUGCUAACAGCAUGACGAACGGCACGGCUAAAGGCACAGUGAACGGCACAGCUAACGACACAGCUAACGGCACAGCUAACGACACAGCUAACGGAAAACAGGACAAGGAACUGCAGAGUAACUCUCCACUGAGGAACAGCCACAGCUGAGGAGGAGUCGGUCCAUGGGUGGUGUGCCCGGACACAGCUAUGUGAUUUGUACACCAAUGACUGUAAAGUGUACAGACAGCAUGGCACCAUCCCCAACGCACUGAGAUUUGUAAAUAGGUAUAAAUUAAGACAUACUGUUAUACAAACCAUAUACAAACACUCAUGUAUACGGUGCAUUUUACAAAAAAACAACAUGACAACCCUAAGGUGUGAAUAAAACUAUUGUC